CACCGGUCUCCUUUGGAGUUCCUCAAGGCUCCGUCUUGGGACCACUCCUGUUUCUGAUCUACGUCAACGACCUCCCAGACGUUCUUGCGAGCCAACGUUUACUUCUUGCGGACGACUUGAAAUCCUGGAGUUCCAAUGCCAGUACCCUCCAAAUAGAUGUAGACGCCGCCAAGCAGUGGUCGUUGGACUGGCACCUUCCUCUGAAUGAUGAAAAGUGCGUCCAUGUGUCGUUUGGAGGGGAUUCAGCGAAUGCCUUUGUUAUGCAUGGUGAAAAGGGACCAGAAAACAUCAAGAGGAUGGAUGCUAAAAAAGAUUUGGGCAUCUCUGUCUCUUCAGACUUGUCCUUCUCAUUACACCAUGAGAAAUCGGCCCAAAAGGCAUUCGCCAUUUUACGGAUGAUCCGACGCACCCUCUCCCGUAUUACUCACAUGGACGCCCAUACACUAUAUGGGGCCUACGUCAGACCACUCCUGGAAUACGCCAACCAAGUUGUCUACUCAGGACGUACGAAGGACGACACCCUCAUUGAGCGCGUCCAGCGAGCCGCCACGAAACUGAUUGCCGGCCUCAAAUCCGUGGACUACGAAACUCGUCUCGCGAUGCUUGAUAUCAUUCCUACGGAGUACAGCCGCUUUCGAGGAGACCUAAUUCUUACUUACGCCCUGUUUGAACAAAGCUUGGCAAACAGGUAUGCAGCUUAUGUGGUCUUCCUAAUUUAUAGUCGGAUCGCACGGAGUUUCAAACGCAAGGCUGUCCGGUUUAUAGUCGUUGGAUAUGAAGGGCGUAAAAUCUUCUUUGACUCCCUGUCCUAUAAGGACACCCCACGAGCUCUUCCUGUGUUUUUUGCUGGAUCUCAACAAAUCAGCCUCACCGAUUAUUUGUUUGGAUCUUACUCGCUAACUACAAGCAGGGACUUGCUCUAUUCUAUCAAAGUCCACGACUUCAGUUCCUCUGGACAGCUGCUGAUCACCCGUUUCUUGAAUGAUCUUGACGACUGGCGCUGUGCUCAAACAUCUGGCAGAAGGUACUUGGGAGGCAAGAGACAAUGUUCAUCUUCAGUACCUCAAAUGCCUGCUAGGUCGGAACCGUCGUUACACAAUAGUGUAGCAGCCUGCCUGUUGAUUAAUAUCGAGCAAGUAAUCAACCAUUCCUCUGGAGUGCUGACCAACAAGCCCGGAGUGGGUGCACCCGCAACAUCUGGUCGUCGCGGUGGAUCUCAUUCUGUCACAGACGAAAAGCAAUCUCCUAUUGGUAGUCCGCUGACUGCAGGUCAGAAAUAUAUGGAAGCAUCCCCCAGACGUUUUUAUCGUGCACUUUUCGAACACUGUGCGUCUUUGAGCGUUUUGAUUGAAACUUUGGUUUCGGAAGCCUUCACCGCGAUCUCGAAAGUUACAAGAAGCAGCUGGGGACCAGGUGGCUUCCUUACGGAAAUUGAGUGCUGUGAUAUCAUUUCCUCUGCGUAUGCAAUGUUCCUCAGUUCGUUUCUUGACUUUUGCGUCCCUCGUCUACAUUUUCCUGUCUGGUCUUCACUCAACAACGCUUUGACAAUAGCUUCUGAAGGAUCAUGCUUCUCAGCGGAUGAGGUUCGGAGCAUGCAUGUCACUUCGUGGUUGAAUAUGACUCUUGAUUCCUCAACAUUUCCAAUUGCUUGCUGCACAACGGAGCGUACAACUCACGAUACACUUGUCAGUUUGUUUGUCCGCGGAUGCUUCAACCCCCUUGUUAGUCGCGGAGGUGACGAACAUCGUUACUUCCUUGGACAGUUAAUCACUGGAGUUCUCAUGCUUCACCCUGGCUGGGUCGCCAGUUUGAUAUCAUCUUGUCCACCAGAUUCCCCCCGUUUCGGAACUAAAACUCGACGGAAAUCGGGGUCUGCCGCCGUGAUUAGUGGUGACUCACAUGACUCCGGUAUCAGCUCACAGGAGGAUCUGACCGUUUCUGUUUAUUCUGCGAGCACUGGUUCCUCCCCAACGCACACUUCCGGUAUGGCCCUAUGCAUGCCUAACAGGUUGACACGAGACCAAUGUCUGAUCGCUCAACUGGCGGCACAGCGUAUGGUUAGUCAGGAGGCAGCGGCCGCUGCAAGUGGAUUGCACCAACAUACUUCCAUGGGGGGAACCACAGGUCUUGGCGCAAGAACAAUAACGACGGAACUUGUGACGACUCUUCACGACGCGGGUCAUACCAACCCCUCUGUUGGCCUCUCUCGUUUUACCGAGGUUCCGUUGCUGAUCGAAAAAUUUGUCGACGACCAAGAUGAACUGUGCGCCUGUUUACCUUCGGAAUCCUUUCCGGGCCAACAUGUCCCUUCCUGGCAUAUCGAUCAUCCACCCAAUCCUAGCGGUCUUUUGCUCCCUAAAGGGAUGUCCGAUAGCUCACCGUCGCUAGCUAUUGGCGCUGGUCCGUCACGGCCUUCUAGCUCUUCCUGUGCAGCAAGCCCCCGCUGCAAUGCUUCAUCCGUCGGCGCUUCAAACUCCCGACAGGCAGAACUUUCCCGAAGCGGACACAGUUUGGGUCAUUCCAGUGCUGAAACACCCUGUAUGGCUGUGGAUUCUCCUGCUUCUCCUCAGAUUACGAACCAUUGCCUUAUUGGGAACUCAAUACUUGACCGGUACUGCUGUGGUUUGGCAUUGCAGGCUACCUCAGAGUCAAUCGACAGUUUCAAGGAACGACUAUGUAAGCACUUGAAUCAGUGGUUGGAACUUGGUCCGUUGGUCCUUUGUGGUGUGAUUAGGUCGGCCAGAAAGUCCCAAGCAAAACGCUCAUCGGAUGCAUCAAAAUUCCUUUCGACACAGCAAGGCAGAGCCACUCAGUGGUGUGCAUCAAGUUUACUUGUCAAUACGGAUAGCAAAACGGUGGAGAUCCUGACUCUUCACCGCCCUUCGGAGGAUCUGGCAGGACCACUCAUGCCUAUCUCUCAUGCACAACCUCGAGCUGUCAGGCACAGUUUUUCUCAGCCAGGUAGUCGUUGGACUAGUCGGGAAUCAUCCUGUCCGAAAACGCCCCCUGAUGAUGCUGAUUACCCGCCGUCUAAGCCAAUCACUCCUUCACCGAUGGUCAUGCAUAUGCUAGAACGAGUUCUACAAGUAUCUGAACGAACUCUAUGUCCUUCUCUCGCCCUACGCGACUUAGAGGGCGCGCUUUACCUUAUCUAUUCAAGGAGUCGCGUUCUUGCUGAUCUUAUAACCAAACUGGGUCCUUCUGUGCUUCAAAAAACCGACUGGGCGGCAAAUGCGAUUGGGACCGUUCUUCACACGCUUGCCGGUUCCACGCCUGCUGUUCUGUUAACAGUGAGAUGCUUGGCGAUUUCUAUCGCCUCGGCUAUCAGUCUCUGUGACGUGAACCGUAGUCCUCACCUGAAAAACUCAACAGUUUCUAAAUCUAUUUUGUGUCCCGUGUCUACACAAUUGCCCAGUAUUUCAGUAACGCUGGAUAUUCAUCUGUGUUUCUCAGCGGCCUGUUUAUUUUCCACUUGUGCUCUCCGAUUAUGGU